AUGCAACUCCGGAAAGCCGCUCGCAUCAUCUUGGUUGGUGCUCCUGGUGUAGGAAAGGGUACUCAGUCUGAGCGUAUGCUCAAACGAUUUCCUCAACUAGCCUCGAUCAGCUCUGGUGAUCUCUUGAGAGAUAAUGUUCGCAGGCGGACUCCGCUAGGCAUCCAGGCCGAGUCCCUUAUGAAGGCCGGCGCGCUCGUCCCGGACUCGACCAUCUUGCGUCUGAUUACGAACGACGAUCAGCCAAGCGCCUCUUUCAUCCUCGACGGCUUCCCUCGCACUGUCGAUCAAGCCAUCCAACUCGACAAGUUAAUCCCCAUCAACCUGGUUGUCCAGUUCAAUACCCCCACUUCCGUCAUACUCGAUCGCAUCUGCAACCGUUGGAUCCAUGCCCCCUCUGGCCGGGUAUACAACACCACCUUCAACGCUCCAAAGGUCGACGGAAAGGAUGACAUUACAGGAGAGAUCCUAGUACAAAGGGACGACGACAAGCCCGAAACUUGGAUGGCUCGUCUGAAGAAGUUUGAGGAAACCAGCCAGCCUCUACUUGCGCACUACGAUAAGCUUGGUGUUCUGUGGAGGGUCGAUGGUAACAGCAGUGAUGAAAUUAGCCCAAAACUCUUUGACGAGUUCAACAAGAGAUUCGGAAAAGCAUGA